AUGGCUCGUCGACAGCAUUUAACGCUGACCUUUAUUCUGGUCCUUGGAGUCUUCUUCACCCUAUCCUAUUUCUUCUCCGGACCCUCGCGCAGUAUUCUUCCUAAAUACCAGAAUGAUGUUGAACUGCCCCUGAAAGACGCCCCUCGAUCUGAGUUCGCUGCUGACCUCGGCGCUCUGCCCGCUGGUCUCCUCGAUGGCAACUCUAUUGCGCCUAAGCUCGAGAACGCGACGUUGAAGGCUGAACUUGGCCACGCGACGUGGAAGUUUCUUCAUACGAUGAUGGCACGGUUCCCUGAUAAGCCGACCAAGGACGAUCGCAUGGCCCUCGAGACCUUCAUGCACCUAUUCGCCCGACUUUAUCCUUGCGGUCAGUGUGCGGCGCAUUUCCAAAAGCUUCUUGCCCAGUACCCGCCACAGACCAGCAGCCGCAACGCAGCGGCUGGAUGGCUGUGCUUCGCCCACAACAUUGUCAACGAGAGGGUGCACAAGCCUCUCUUUGACUGCGAAAAUAUCGGCGACUUCUACGACUGUGGCUGUGGUGAUAAGGACAAGAAGGAGGGUGGUGCAGAAACCACAGCAGCUGCCCAGGCCCAGGGGCCGGAUCAAGAGCUGCACAAGCAUUGA